AUGUCUGAAAUAUUCACUGCAAUCUCAAAGCUGGGGUAUGCAUCCCCAGGAACAGCACUGCAGGUACGCAUUCUCCGUACAUGGACGCCACAAGUCCGAGGUCAUGAAACCUGGUUUUUAGCGGUCGACGGAUAUGGUGAUGCAAUCCAAAUUCUUGGUCAAAGAAAGGAUCAAAGAUUUGUACAGUCUGCUCUUGCUCUUUCUAAAUGCUACACACUAACUAAAUAUGGAUGUGGAGAACCAGACGCAUACCAGAAAUGGUUACACAAUCCGGUAUACAUCGUUUUUGGCACCACACCCUCUAUUAGCUCUAUCCCAGAUACAGUUACUAUUCCAACACACUGGUUUAACUUCAUACCAAAAAGCCAAAUACCAGAUUAUAUCAACCAAUACCCAGAUUUCUUAGGAGUUUUCGUUAAACUAGUGGCCUGCACUAAGAAAAACGAUGAACCUUACCUGCUCCUCAUUCUAAGGAAUGAAUUUGGUGAAGAUAUUGCGAUAAGCUUGUGGAAAGAAUGCACUGACGCACCUUCAAAAUUUAAUCGGAACACAAUUGAGAAUGCACCUGCUCCCACUGUCAUUGCUGUCACAAACAUCCGAAUCAUGGAUUAUGGUGGUUCAUUAAGGUUAGGAACUAGUAGUGCAACCCACAUAUACGUAAAUCCACCUAUCAAAGAAACAGAUACACUUCUGGAUAGCUACAAGACAAAUGCUGCUUCAACACCUCUGUUUGGACUUCCAAUGCCACUUACACAGAUAAAUGAGAAAAAACAUUCAGAUCUCUUGUGUAAGAUAUCAACACUGAAACAAGGAAAGGACUGGUUCUGUCCAUCACACGGAAAUGUUACCUCUCCAACUCCCAUGUACAAACUUAUGGCAACAAUUACGGACCCAACUUCCUCAAUGACGGUUACCUUAUCUAACAACGCUGCCCAAAAAAUAUUUGGAACAACAACAGAUAAACUCAUACUAGAGGACGACCCAAACCACAGGAAAAAAUUGCCCACCAUUAUAAAAGAGACCGAAGGUAUCACGAAAAAGAUGAAAUUAUGGAUCACAAACACGUCAACAGAAAGGAACAUCUGUUUCAUAAUAACUGAUAUCGAAGACAACUCUUCUCAAUCAUCAUCAAUAACAACCCCACCUUCAAAAAACACAUCCUCCUCCAAUGUUCCUCAUAAAACACCUACGUCUUCAUCCGCACAAAAUCAACCCAAAGUCAAGAGGGCAUUAAAUUUUGAAAAUCCAGGUAUGGAAAAAUCUGAUGCAGGCCCGAAACGACCACGCCGGUAG